GUCGGCGGGCGCGGCGAUGGGCAGCGUGAGGGGGCCCGGCGGGGCCGCCCUGCGGGCGCUGCUGUCCGUGGCCGCCGGGCUGUUGGCCUGCGGCGGGGCCAGCGAGUACGACUAUGUCAGCUACCAGUCCGACCUGGGCCCCUACCCCGGCGGGCGCUUCUACGCCAAGCCCCACCAGUGCGUGGCCAUCCCCGCCGACCUGCGGCUCUGCCACAGCGUGGGCUACGACAAGAUGGUGCUGCCCAACCUGCUGGACCACGAGACCAUGGCCGAGGUGAAGCACCAGGCGAGCAGCUGGGUGCCACUGCUCAACAAGAACUGCCAUAUGGGUACCCAGGUCUUCCUCUGCUCCCUCUUCGCCCCCGUCUGCCUGGACCGGCCGGUCUACCCCUGCCGCUGGCUCUGCGAGGCCGUCCGUGACUCCUGUGAGCCCGUCAUGCAGUUCUUUGGCUUCUUCUGGCCAGAGAUGCUCAAGUGUGACCAGUUUCCCCAGGAUGACGUCUGCAUUGCCAUGACAACUCCCAAUGCCACCGAGGUCUCCAGGCCCAAAGGAACGACUGUGUGUCCCCCUUGUGACAACGAGAUGAAGUCAGAGGCCAUUGUGGAGCACCUGUGUGCCAGCGAGUUCGCUCUUAAGAUGACCAUAAAGGAAGUGAAGAAGGAGAACGGGGACAAGAUGAUCAUCCCACGGAAGAGGAAGGCGCUGAAGCUGGGGCCCAUCCGGAAGAAGAACCUGAAGAAGCUGGUGCUGUUCCUGAAAAAUGGGGCAGACUGUCCCUGCCAUCAGCUGGACAACCUCGGCCACUACUUCCUCAUCAUGGGCCGUCAGGUGAAGACCCAGUACCUGUUGACAGCCAUCUACAAGUGGGACAAGAAGAACAAGGAGUUCAAGAAGUUCAUGAAGAAGAUGAAGUCUCCCGACUGCCCGACGUUUCCGUCCGUGUUCAAGUGAUGCGGGAGAGCCGCUGCCCGGGCUGGGCUCGCCCCUCUGCAGCAGGGGUGCUGGAGCCAAGCCCUCCUGCUGCUCCAUCCUGCUCCUCAGAGCUCCCUCAGUGACCCCAGCCCUCCCACAUCCCUGCUGUCAGUGUUUGCCCGCUGGCCUGGGCGUGCCACGUGUGUGCCCCGAACAGUCGCUGGGGUCACACACGGUGUCUGUCCACGGCAGCUAAAGACCUGUCACUCCACAGACAUGUACAGCCAUUCAAAUAGCAGCUGUCAGGUAAAGAGGGCAAGCAGAGGGGUGUGAGGCGAUGUCCAGAGGUUACACACCUGCAGAAAGGACCCUUGUGACCAUGUCACUCCUGUCUUCAUGGCUGCAGGAUCGCCCUGAAUUCCUGUACGAACCAGAGCCGGCUGAUCAGACAGACAUCCCAUCCUCACAGUCCCCUUACAACCUCUGAGAAAACCUCCUAAUUGCCCUCACUGUAAAAAAAAUCCCGUUGUAGUCUAAACGUGCUUUGUCUAAGCCUUAACCCCAGGUCCUUGUGGUGCCUUGCUGGGCUGGAGCCCUUCCUCACCAGCAUCUCUCCAAUGUCUCACCAGGUGCCUGCCCUGGCCUCUGCCACGCUGUGAGCCCCUCGUGCCCAGGGCUGUGCUGCUCCCUGGCAGCCCUGGAGCCCCUGGGCUGUGCCCUGCAGUUGUGCACUGGCCAUGGGAGCAGAGGGGGCUCUGUGCCCCACCCGUGCCUUCAGCCUCACGUGGGCCCCCAGCACAGCAGGUCCUGCUGAGCUGCCCUGCCCUCGGCCUGGGGGGCACUGCCCUGCACGGGUGCCCAGUGCUGCUGGUGCCCAGUGCUGCUGGUGUCCAGAGCUGCUGGUGUCCAGAGCUGCUGGUGCCCAGUGCUGCUGGUGCCCAGUGCUGCUGGUGUCCAGAGCUGCUGGUGCCCAGUGCUGCUGGUGCCCAGUGCUGCUGGUGUCCAGAGCUGCCUCCAUCUGAGCCCCCUCAAGGGUUGGCCCCCCUGGGGCUCCAGCUGGUGGGAGCUCAGGACCAGCUCCUGCAGCUCCCUCACUUCCCCAGUGAUGUUCUGAUGGUUCCUCCAGGCUGCUGGCACAGUCCCAGAGUGCAGCAGGCUGAGGACUCGUCCCCCUGGAGCUGCAGGGAAGCGUCGGCUCCGCCUUUCCCUCCUCGCUGUCCCUGUGGGACCCAUCAGUCUGGGCUUUGUCUGUUUGAUCUGUCACAACUUGGCUUUGUAUCAUUCUACAUUUUUUCCCCCCAAUCAAAAUGUUGUGUUUGUAUGAUUUCAAAUAGUUUAUGAAAGACAAAGAGUAUCUCAUCCGAAGGAUUGCAUUUAUCGACCAAACUGAAAUGCAUUAUUCUGUUAAUUGGACAAGUUCUCUUUUCCAUGGACCCAUAUCAUUCCCCAUUCAUUGUCCUUCCUGCUUCCAUUCAGUAUUCUCAUCCAUCAGCAAUACUCUAAGAGAAUGAAUAUCUGAGAGCUGAGAUAAUCCUGCUGUAUCAUGGUUAAAUGAAAUAACAAAUCCUCAUUUUUGAGGUUUGAACCAAGCCCACUCAAAGCUGGUAAAUUAAUUAUUCCUUAGCUCAGGAGUGCUGUUUAUUCCCCACGUGGGAACAGAGCUGUGGACUUGGUUGUAGAAGAAUUCCACGAAGAAGCCAAGCACUCUGAGGAAUGAUGUUUCACAGCUAACAGAGAGAUGGAUUUAGGACAUGAACUUUGUAGAGAGUCCCACUAGGUUGUCUUAGACCACCAUUUGUAGUAGUGUUGUUUCUUUAUUGCAAAAUUAAUCAUUGUAGAUAAUGUGCUUUUAUCAGUGAAGAAAUAAAUAAACAAACCACAGGCUUUAACCUCACA